AUGCAGACGGCUGCUGGACCAGUCGAGGUACCAGGCAAGCGCCGCUGUUACGUGGUCAACGACGGAGAUGAAAUUCUCGUCUCAUAUGACACCCUCAAGACCAUUGGUAUCGACAUCGACCGCCUGCUGGAACUGGUGGCGCGUCUACAAAGAGAUGAUGACGGCGACAAUCUGGACGAAGUUGGUGGCGAUUGCAUGGAGUUCCGGUCGGCCGCCGGAGCCACGUCCCUGAAGGCGGUGCUACCUGUAGCCAAAAUGAAGUCGAGGAAGCCCUACAAGGCAUGA